AUUAAAAGUCCAGCGAGAAAUUAGCAGCUCUGCGAAUUCGGAGCAAGCGGACAAUACCCCUAAAAGAAAGCAGGGAGGGAGGAGGGUAGAAAGAAGAAGGAAAAGGAGAAGUAGGAGGGCAGGCAGAUUGAAAAAAAAUUGAAAUCAGAAGAGAAAAAAAGAAGAUGAAGGUGCCAUUGGUGAGGACGAAGGUGUUAAUUCGGCACUUGCCUCCGUCUCUGUCUCAGUCCGAUCUCUUCCACCAAAUCGACCACCUGCUCGCCGACCGCUACAACUGGCUCUGCUUCCGUCCAGGAAAGAAUAGCCAGAAGAACCAGAGGUAUUCUCGGGCCUACAUAGAUUUCAAGCGACCUGAAGAUGUUUUUGAGUUUGCUGAAUUCUUUGAUGGACACGUGUUUGUCAAUGAGAAGGGGGCUCAAUUCAAGGCUAUAGUUGAAUAUGCACCCUCACAGCGUGUUCCAAAACCUAGUACGAAAAAGGAUGGCCGUGAAGGGACAAUAUAUAAAGAUCCUGAUUAUUUGGAGUUCCUCAAACUUAUUGCAAAGCCUGUCGAGCAUCUUCCUAGUGCAGAAAUACAGCUGGAGAGAAAGGAAGCAGAACAAGCUGGUGGUGCAAAAGAAGCUCCUAUUGUUACACCCCUCAUGGAGUAUGUUCGUCAGAAACGAGCUAUUGGAAGUGGUACUCAGGUUUCAUCCGUUGUUCGGAAGGUUAGAAGAAGAGUCAGGGCUGCCUCUGUUAGCAAACGUGGCUCACCUUCUACAAAACGGGUCUCUGAGAAGAAAAAGUACAUAAUAAAGGACGGUACUAAACACACAAGUCGAAGGGACAAAUCCACUUUCAAUGUGGUACCCAGGCGAGAGGAUCAGUUGGCUCGUUCAAGUGGAAAAGAAACAUUAGAAAAUGAAAUUGGUUCUGUUUCAGGAAUCCCUGUGAUUUCUGACUCUGGAAAGAAGAAAAUCUUACUUAUUAAAGGAAAAGAGCGUGAAAUAUCUCCUGUUGAAGGUAUGUCACAACUUGGAAGUUCUCCUAUUUCACAUGCUCCGAAGCAGAACCAAAGGCGUGAGGCUAGUGGAAGAAUGAUCAGAAGCAUACUUUUAAAUAAUGAGGGACGCCAAAGUCAAACUUCAACUGAAACUCAGCCUCAGCAGAAAAUUCAAAGUCUGAACUCAGAUGUUAAGCGAGUAUCUCGGCCUUCCAAUGCAAGGUCAGGGUUGAAUGGUGACAUCUCUACUAAUGAACUUAACUCAAUGAGCUCUGAAGGGGAUAGAAAGAGGGCAACAGCUGAUAGAUUUACAAAAAAGGACGUGCAUGGUACAACUAGUGUUAGUGAGAGGCAGGAAAAAAAUACACGAAACAAGGAUAGACCUGAUCGUGGUGUUUGGGCUCCUCUUCAUCGUGCUGAUAGUUCACAUGCUAGUGCUGAGCAUUUGCCAUCCUCCGGGUUACAACGCCCUCAAGUAAUAUCUGAUUCCUUUGAAGGUCAUGGAAAAGGGAAGGACGACUCUUCUUAUGGAAGCAGGACUGGGGAAGUUAUAAAUCCUACAAGUGGACGUAAUAGUUCUCAUGUAGAGAAUGGUUCACAUAGACAUUUUGGUCGCCAUGGAAGUGCCCAUAAUAUGAAAGAUGACAGUUCUGUAAAUGUAGGUGAGGGGAAGCCAUCUAAAAGAGGUGCUUCUGUUCAUGGUACCCCUGAGCAGAAACAAGUGUGGGUUCAGAAAUCAUCUUCAGGUUCUUAGAACAUCCAAGGCUGAUUAUGUCAUUCAGUCAGAACACUAAUUCCUCAUAUGUUUAAGGCAAUCAUCUCCGUAAUCGUGGCUUAAGGCCUUCACUGAAGACAUCAUGAAAAUGGAGGCAUACCUAAAAGGGGAAUUUUGUUCGGGCCAAAUUAUGUCCAAAUUGUCCAAUUUGUGCCGGAGGGAAGGAUUGCGGCACGCUCCAAGUUACAAGCCUUGCAAACAUGACAAAAAUUUGAGAGAUGGUUUAACUUUUUUAUCUUCAGUGUACGAUUUUAUCGUUAUGUCAUAUGUAUAGUUUAAUUCGUGACGAAUUUCAUAACGCUAAAAUACUCGUCGAGUUCGAUUGUUGUGUGUACUUGGCGGACUGGUAAAGAGUAUAAGAACCUCCACCUUUAUGUACCAAAACGAUGACGAUGAAUGGUGUACCAUGUAAUAAGGAAUAUUUUCGUGAAGUGAAAUGUGCAGUGGUUUGGCGCUUUUGGACUAA